AUGUCUGUCGUGGGAGUAGACUUGGGGACGCUGAACACCGUCAUUGCCGUUGCCCGGAAUCGCGGUGUCGACGUCAUCACAAAUGAAGUUUCCAACCGCGCCACGCCCUCUCUCGUAGGCUUCGGCCCCAAGAGCAGGUACAUCGGCGAGCCCGCAAAGAACCAGGAGGUGUCCAACCUCAAGAACACCGUCUCGUCCUUCAACCGCCUUGCCGGCCGCCAGCUCAGCGACCCCGAUGUCGAGGUCGAGAAGAACUUUGUCUCGGCGCCCUUGGUCGAUGUCGACGGCCAGAUCGGCGCCGAGGUCACCUACCUGGGCAAGAAGGAGAAGUUCACGGCCACGCAGAUCCAGGCCAUGUUCCUCACCAAGAUCAAGCAGACCGCCUCUGCUGAGCUCAAGCUCCCCGUCGCCGACGUCGUCAUCAGCGUCCCGGCUUGGUACACCGACGCCCAGCGGAGAGCCCUGCUCGAUGCUUCCGAGAUCGCCGGACUCAAGACGCUGCGCUUGAUCAACGACACCACCGCCGCCGCCCUUGGCUGGGGCAUCACAAAGCUCGAUCUUCCCGCGCCCGAAGAGAAGCCCAAGCGGGUAGCAUUCGUCAACAUUGGCCACAGCAACUACACUGCGUCCAUCGUCGAGUUCAGGAAAGGCGAGCUGACCGUCAAGUCCACCGCCUGGGACCGCCACUUUGGUGGUCGUUACAUUGACCAGGCCCUCGUCGAGCACUUUGGCAAGGAGUUCAAGGAGAAGUUCAAGAUUGACAUCUUCGAGAACGCAAAGGCAAAGUUCCGAGUCCAGGCCGGUGUGGAGAAGCUGAAGAAGAUUCUUUCCGCCAACAGCGCUGCUCCCCUGAACAUUGAGUCCGUCAUGAACGACGUGGAUGUUCGCGGUAUGCUCAAGCGUGAGGAGCUCGAGGAGCUCAUGAAGCCUCUGCUCGAGCGCGCCACCGUCCCGCUUGAGCAGGCUCUCGCUGAAGCCAAGCUCAAGCCUGAGGAUAUCGACAUCAUCGAGAUGGUCGGUGGCUGCACGCGUGUGCCUGCCCUUAAGAACAAGAUCCAGGAAUUCUUCGGCAAGCCUUUGUCUUUCACCCUGAACCAGGACGAGGCCGUCGCUCGUGGCUGCGCUUUCAGCUGCGCCAUCCUUUCCCCCGUUUUCCGCGUCCGCGACUUCUCUGUACACGACAUGGUCAGCUACCCCAUCGAAUUCACGUGGGAGAAGUCCGAGGACAUCCCCGACGAGGACACCAGCUUGACCGUCUUCAACAAGGGCAACGUCAUGCCUUCAACAAAGAUCCUCACCUUCUACCGAAAGCACCCCUUUGACCUGGAAGCCAAGUACGCAAAACCAGAGGAUCUGCCCGGAAAAAUGAACCCCUGGAUUGGCCGUUUCUCGGUCAAGGGCGUCAAGGAGGACCCCAAGGGUGACUUCAUGAUUUGCAAGCUGAAGGCGCGUCUCAACGUGCACGGUAUUCUCAAUGUCGAAUCCGGGUACUACGUGGAGGAGGUUGAGGUUGAAGAACCCAUUCCUGAGGAGAAGAAGGAGGGCGACGUACGUAUUUCCACUUCUGCUUUUUCCGAUUCGCCUUACGAUUCUGUCGAUCCGAGUAGCGAGCAGCAGUCCGAUGAGUCUCCUCAAGAGCGCGCUGCGAAAAGACGCAAAUCGAAUUCUACUAGCGUAUCGCAAGCUUCUGUUUCUUUGGCUGUUGACGAGGCGCUAACAAAAAACCGGCAGGCAAUGGACGUCGACUCUAAGGAACCCAAGGAGCCUCCGAAGAUGCGCAAGGUCAAGAAGCAGCAGCGCAAGGGCGAUCUACCCAUCUCCUCUGGCACCGCCACCCUGGACUUGUCGAACAAGGAGACGGCUCAGGAGAGGGAGAAUCAGAUGGUCAUGGAGGACAAGCUUGUCCAAGACACCGAGAACCAGAAGAAUGACCUUGAGGCGUUCAUCUACGAGCUCAAGGACAAGAUCCUCGAUGUAUACGCCGAGUUCGCCAGCGAUGACGAGAAGGCCCGGCUGAAUGCCAAGCUCGAGCAGACAGAGGACUGGCUAUAUGACGAGGGCGAGGACGCCACCAAGGCACAGUACGUCUCCAAGUCGGAGGAUAUCCGUUCGAUCGCCGGCCCCAUCAUCCAGCGGUACAGGGACAAGAUCCAGGAGGAGCAGGCCUCGAUCCGCAAGAAGCACGAGGAGCAGGCCGCCCAGAAGCAGGCCGAGAUCGAACGCCAGAAGCGCGAGGCCGAGGCCAAGCAGCAGGCCAACGCGCCCGAGCCCAAGGACGCUGAGAUGACGGACGCGGAGACGCAGAAGCCGGACGAGGUCGAGGAGCCUUCAUCGUAG